AUGGCCCCUCAUAUCCCCUUCCGCAAGAAGCAGAGCGAAACAUCUCAUCCGCCGAAAGAAAGACCAACAGCAAACAUGAGUGAGCUGUUGGAUCGUGUUUAUUCCAAGUUUGAAGAUCUUACAGGUGAAAAGCUAAGCUCUAGAUCCAUCGAAGACCUUCAGAAACUGCUAUCAGCGGAUGAUCAAGCCGGGAAAGAGAUGUUAUCUAGCACAACAAGAGAUAAUUGCCUCCAGGUUACCGAGGCUAUCAGCGCUCUGGCGAAGCCAGUUGGGGAGGUCGCCUCAUUGGCCUUUCCACCCGCGAAUGCAUGCUUCAGUGCGCUAUCAUUCCUCCUAGAAAUACCCUCAAAAGUACACGCAAUCCACGAGUCAAUCAAUGCCGUUUUUGACGAAGUGAAACCCCAAUUUACCCAGCUUGGAGCAUAUGUCCGCAUGAAGGAUUUGGAUCAGGACUUAAUGGAACUUGUUUCCAAUGUCAUGAUGGUCUUUGUGGAGCUUUGCGCUCAGUGUGUAAAGCAAGGCAAAACUGGCAAGCUCUCUAGGUUCUUCCGAGAGGGCAAAUGGGUAUUGCUAAAUGAAAACCCGAUCAAAUCCCGCCUCGAUCAGCUCAAAGUGCUUUGCGAGCGGAAAGAAAGUUAUCAAUCGACUAUCAUGCUGGAACAGAUUCUCAGCUCUAAACAAACCUUGGAUGGGAUUGAUACUAAAGUCGGUGGGAUUCAAGACUAUGUUGGCAGGAGAUCGGGCGAGCAGGCGCGACAACAAGACCUGAACACGAUUAGAAACCGGUUUGGGAUGUCCGACGAUAGACUACUCAUGUCCCAUCGUGUCUUCGCGGAGAAUUCCCGACUGGCAACUGCCAAGAGUUGUUGGUUCGUCAAGUGGGAUGCUUACCAGAAAUGGAAAUGUCAAGAAAAGGAAGGUCUACUUCCAUUGCUCCUGGUCAUUGGAGCCCAGGGAACAGGCAAGAGCGUAUCGACGGCAUCGAUCUUUCUUGAUCUUAAAGCUCAGGUGGAAGCUGAAGAGCAGAGCUUGAUUGCCUACUAUACCUUCCCUCCUAUAGCGAGGACUGGAAAGGACAAUCAGCAGCCAUUGGAGAACUGCAUUAGAUCGAUUGGUCUACAGGUGGCAGAGCAAGACUCCAUGUACAGAAGAUGUUUGCUUGAUCUCACAGCCAAGAAAGCUGACUAUAAGGAACUCUGGAAGACAUUGGACGCCUCAAAACUUCUGAACACGACCAGCUGCUACCUUCUUCUGGAUGGGCUAGACAACUUGUCAGAAUCCGAUAUCAGCUAUCUCAUGGACGAGUUGGCGCGACUCUCUCAACCCGUUUCUUCUGAAGCCAGUCGUUUUCGCCUCUUUGCGACUGGAGAGAAGACCCGAUUACAAAAAUACACCAAGUCAGAUUUUUGUAUGGGCACUGCAAAGAUCGAGGAAUACAAUUCGCAGGAAAUCUCGGGAUAUAUUGAAGGGUAUCUCAAGACCAAAGACCUACUACAGGAGGACCAUCUCGACUUCGGCGAUCUCAGAAAAAGAAUCAUUACUGUGUUGCACCGAAAUUCCUCCGGUAGCUUCCAAAGAGCUCAAAAGUCGCUUGAGAAGGUGGAAUCCCUAGUGCGGUCAGAUAGCAGGGAUGAGCUGAUUCGUUUCCUCGACACAUUGGGCCAAGGAGCAUCAGCCCCGAGUGAAUCUGAGCUGCGAGAUCUUGAGAGGGUGCUUGACGCGAAGGAGAUUGAAGAACUGAAUGAGAUAAUCAUCUGGGCGGAAUUUGGCUCGCGUUACAACGUUUUUGAUGCGGAGGAAAUUGAAGCCUUUCUGUUUAUUCGAUCGAGUUCCACGCCUUUAAGAUCUCUUCGCAAGAAAAUUCAAGAGCGAUUCUCCCUUGUCCUAGAAGAAGGAGAUUAUGGCGUCCGACUGCGUGAAGACAUGAAGCAAUGGGUGAUCCAGAACCAGCAUGGACGCCAGCGACCAACUGUGACAGCGUCAAUUUCUAUCACAAAUGCAGAGAUCGAAGUGGCACAGCGGCUCUUCUGGGAUCUGGCCCAUCAUUCAGUGAUGAACAGAUUCAACUUCGACACGCACCAAGUAGAUAUGGCAAAGCCCUCGACACAACAAAUCCAAGUUACCGAGCUGAAUGCGCAUCUAGUGGUCGUGAAGCGAACCUUUGAGUUCCUGCGAAGAGCACCGCACGCCCUAUCACAGUGUAUUGGAAGGCGUCUGUUGGAUAGCCUGCCAGAGCAUCUAACUGAUCUGCGGAAACUGUCUGCAUUCAAACAGAUUGCGGAUGCGGAUCGACAGGUGAUAGGAGAGAACGUCCAGGAACUAUUUUUCAACCCAAUGAACCUUGAAAGACACUGGGAGACCUUUGUAGGGAUUUAUUGGCAUUCGGAUGGCGAUGCGAUGGCGGCAUUCUGGGAAUGGCUCGGAGAUGAUGCUGCAAUUAAACAGAUGGAUGUACGAGACAAGCUUCAAGAAAUGUACGAAGACCCAAAGCGGAAUCGAAGGCUUUUUGAGCCCCUGGCAAAACUGGCCGGUCGCAUCUGGCUUCAGGACAUGUCAUCAAGUGCGAAGGCAGCAUUCAAGUGGCUGCACAAUUACCUUGAGCUGGACACGAAAGAUGACACACCCGAUGAUGCCUCUACAGAUAGUUCCGAAGACAUAUCCACGGGUGGUUCUGAUGAAGACGAUGAAGUUUCUAAAGCAGAAAAAUGGUGUAAGGAGGCAUUGGGCAUGCGCCAUCUGCGUGGAAAUGACAUUUGGCUUCAACGAAUCGCAGAAACAUACGAAGCUCUUUAUGAUGAGCAGGGCAUGGAUGAGUUUCAAGAGAAGGCUUUCAAGAAGUAUCAAAAGACCAACAAAAUCCUUGAGAAAAUGGAUGACCCGGACCGAGAUCGACGGGUGGGAGUGUUGAAGCGCCUUGCCUCGCUGGCCAACAAUGAAGAUGAUGCGGUCAAAUAUAAUUGGGAUGCUUUCAGGCUAGACCCAAGAAACAUCGACGCGAGAUACAGUCUAUUUAAAAGUCUCCACGCUCGUCGGAAUGAUCAAGAUGAUGUGGAGCUUGAAAGCCUUGUCACGAGUGCAUUGCAGUUUAAGGACAGCACACGCCACAUCUCCCAUCUAGGCUUGAUGGUCGAAAUGGUGAUUAAAGAUGACGAAAGUAACAGCUUUGAGCUCUUGAAUAAGAUAUCUUUCAUCUGCUCAUCCGAACCGUACCUCGGCGGUUUGUUGGAAGACAUGGAAACAGCCAUCAGUGAUGCGAAAGCCCAAGAGCGAUAUGAAAUGUGUGCAACUCUGCUCUUGCAUAAAGGGAUCACACUCUCGUGCUACUCUGGGGAUAUUUCUCAUUCAGAGAAGGCAGUACAAGCCUGGACCGAAUGCUCGCAAUUGAUUCUGAAAAAUAUCACGCAACUUUCUACCGGUGCUAUUCUUUUGGACAAAGUCGGGCGGCAGCUGAGCGCUUAUUACUUUGAACAGGCCAUCAAUGACUUGCCAAACGCUGCCCAGUAUGCUCAAAAGCUGGAGCAAGUAUUGGAGGAGCAGAAGAGCAUAGUUCAUGGAAUGUCUGCGGCGAAGACAUACUUGGCAGCAUACAGAAUCCACAAUAAAGAUGAGAAAGCUGCUCGGGAUCUCUUCAAAGAGGAUAUGGCAGAAGCAUUCGCCUUACUUUCCGAUGAAACGACAAGCAAUGAUCACCGGGGAUUCAUGCUGCUAUCUCAAAUUCUCCUCUACGUCAGAGACGAUACUAAUUACCUGAUAGCGUUUUCUCUUCUUGCUCGGCGUGUACUCGACAUUGAUAUCUUGAAGGAAUGGCUGUCACUCGAUGGCGAGCCCAUGACCGCUGAAGCAACCGAGCUCAUCGAGUUCUUCGAGUCAAACUAUCCUGACAACGAAUCAUCCGACACGCAUGCCUGGUUCAAGAUCAGCGCAAUGCAGGAACAUCUUGAGAAGCUGAGCGAAGAUCUCGUCUUAAACAAUGAGGAUAGUGGAAGAAGAAAAACAUAUCACGGGUUGUUAGAUUCAAUGGCCAGGUAUGACAAAGCCAUCGAUGAUGCCAACAACGACUACAUGUGUGACAUAUGCGAGUGCUUGUUGGAGAAUAGCACACCGAUGUAUGCAUGUCAUUACUGCUAUAAUAUCGGCUUCUGUGACUCGUGUCUCCGGCGGCUCAAGUCCGGCGCGCUCAAAACGCCGCUUUGCCGAGCUACUCAUCACUGGCUGCAGAUUCCUCCUUGGAAUGCUAAGAGACAUGUCAGAUCAUAUCGGAGAAGAGUCUGGAUAGAGACUACGGAAGGGGAGGAUGGGUCUCUGACUGAGGGGCGAGAGAUACCAGUGGAGGAGUGGCUAGAGGGUCUGAGAAAAGAGUGGAUAUCUUAG